AUGGCGCUCAGCUUGGCAAACGAUCUGUCGCCUUCUAAUGCCUUUCCCGCGUACUUCGCCGGUCGGCCUGAUCAAUGUCCACCAUGCUUCAAUUGUCUGCUGCCAGCGUUUCAAUGCAAGCAAUUUGCUCCCUGCAACGAGUACAAUGGCGCAUGCGAUUGUCCUCCAGGAUUCGGUGGCAAUGACUGCAUUGAGCCAACAUGCGGAUCACUUGCAGAUGGCAAAAAUAGGCAUGUUAGAAAGGGAAAAGACUGUGAUUGUUCUGACGGUUGGUCUGGUCUCAAUUGUAACGUUUGCGAGACGGACGAGGCGUGCAAUCCCUUGAUGCCUGAGCAGCUCAACGGUACAUGUUACAAGGGCGGCCUUGUGGUGCAUCAAAACUUUCAGAUGUGCGACGUCACGAAUCGCAAGAUUGUUGAUCAGCUCAAGGACAAGAAACCACAAGUGACCUUCUCGUGCAAAGCCGACGACCGGACUUGCAACUUUCAAUUCUGGGUGGAUCGCGUCGAGUCAUUCUACUGUGCUCUGGACGAUUGCGAAUUCUCCCAAAACAUCCAAUUCGAUUCAAAUUCAACGGACUACAAGUGCAAAGACAUCAAAUGCUCCUGUAUUCCUGACAGAAUGCUUUGUGGCGAGGACGGUUCAAUUGACAUUUCUGACUUCUUGUCCGAGGAGAUCAAGGGCCCUGGUUCAUUCAGCUGCUCAUCGAAAACGAAGAGCUGUACAUUCGAGGAACCAGCAAUGAAUGAGCUCAUCAGUGAUGUAUUCGGCGACAAAUCCAUUCAAUUAGACUGUAAUGCUUCGGAAUGCCUCCAUUACACAGAAAUUCCUGGCUUUCAGCGUCCCGCCAAGCCCUCCAAUGCUGGCCUCAUUGCUGGCUCAGUCGCAGGUGCUGCAAUCCUUUUGGGCUUAUUGGCACUGAUCCUAUGGCUAACGGCCAGAAGAUCACAACAAACCGAUAAGCUCGGCGCAAUACGAUUGACUGAUGACGAAUCUGCACAGCUACUCGCGAAUCAUACUCCUGCGACACUUCAAUUUCGCAAGGUGUGUUAUGAGGUCAACGGCAAGGGAAUUCUUCAAGACGUUCGUGGCAAUGUCGGUCCAGGUCAAGUGCUCGCGAUCCUUGGAGCUUCUGGCGCCGGUAAGACAUCAUUCCUCGAUAUCCUCGCGCGCAAGAACAAAAGAGGGAAAGCUACCGGAGAGUUCCUGGUCAACGGUCGGUCAGUCGAAGAUCACAAAUACAAAGACGUUGUCGGAUUUGUCGACCAAGAGGAUGCGUUGAUGCCGACAUUGACCGUUUACGAAACGGUUCUGUAUUCUGCUCUACUAAGAUUACCUCGUGAUAUGACUGCUGAAGCAAAGCGUUUGCGUGUCUAUGAAACUCUGGAAGAGCUAGGUAUUCUGCACAUCAAGGAUUCGUUGAUCGGUCAAGAAGGCAAUCGCGGCAUCAGUGGAGGCGAGAAGCGAAGGGUCAGUAUCGCUUGUGAGCUGGUCACGAGCCCAUCAAUCUUGUUCCUGGACGAGCCAACUUCAGGAUUGGACUCCUUCAAUGCUUUCAAUGUCGCCGAAUGCCUUACCAAUCUAGCUCGUGGGUACAACAGAACGAUUAUCAUGACCAUACAUCAGCCGCGUUCCAAUAUUGUGGCACUAUUCGAUCAACUCAUCUUGCUGGCACGGGGUCGUGUCGUCUAUUCAGGUGAGCUGUCUGCGUGUCAGACGCACUUUGAGAGUAUUGGCCUGGCGUGCCCAACUGGCUACAACAUUGCCGACUAUCUCAUCGAUUUGACCAUGAAUACUACUGGUGCCUCUCAAAUUGUCUCGCCACAAGACUCAAGCACGCCCAUCAAUAACGAACCAGGCACCAGCGUUCAUAAUGGGGAGCCGCAUAGCUUGGAGCGAUGCAACUCCGUUGGUAAUGAGUCUAAUGCUUGGGGCGAGGUGCGUCCUAGACAGAGGAUUUCUAGAGCGACCCAGCAGCGUGAUCUCUUUGGCGGUAGUACCGACUUAAAUGACCUUUUCAAGCGCUACAACGACAGCGGCGUUGCGGCAUCUAUCGAUGAACGGAUCAAAGAGUCGAUCGACGAGGCCUCUGACCGACCCGUGGAAAUGGCAUCACCUCUUGGCCGGGGCUAUGCCCGCAUCGGAUGGUUUGCUCAGUUUGUGCUACUAUCGAAACGCACUUUCAAGAAUCUGUACCGGAAUCCGAUGUUGUUGCUAACACAUUACGCUAUUGCCGUCCUUCUGGCGCUGCUGUGUGGCUAUCUGUAUUUCAGAAUCUCGAAUGACCUUUCCGGAUUUCAGGGGCGUUUGGGACUCUUCUUCUUCAUUCUGUCUCUAUUUGGGUUUUCCACGUUGACUUCUCUGAACUUGCUUGUCAUGGAACGCACAAUCUUUAUGAGAGAGCGCGCAAAUGGCUACUAUGCUCCGAUUACUUACUUCAUGGCUAAGGUGAUGUUUGACAUCAUUCCACUGCGUGUGCUGCCGCCAAUCAUCAUGGGACUGAUCAUUUAUCCGACAGUCGGGCUUGUGCCCGAGGGCGCAGUCUUUGCAAGGUUUCUGCUCAUUCUUGUGCUGUUCAACGUUGCGUCCGCCUCUGUUUGUCUGCUGAUUGGUAUCACGGUCAAAGAGCCAAGCAUUGCAAACCUGGUAGGAAGUCUAUUUAUGCUAUUCAGUCUGCUCUUUGCUGGUCUGUUACUCAAUCAUGAUUCCAUCCCUGGGCCCGUUCGCUUCUUACAGAAGUUGUCUAUUUUCCAUUAUGCCUAUGAAGCGUUACUAGUGAAUGAGGUCACCUACCUCACUCUGACAGAGAAGAAAUUUGGCCUGAGCAUCGACGUGCCUGGCGCAACUAUCCUGAGCACCUUUGGCUUCAAUGCACAGGCAUUCUCGGCAGACUUGCUCGGGCUCACGGUGUACUUCGGUGUAUUCUUGACACUCUCCUUUGCAGCCAUGCACUUCUUGCUUGUCGAGAAACGCUAG